CCGACUUCAGAGGUCAUAAAAUAUAUCGUUCCUUGCAAAUCACGAGCUUGAGAAGUAAACAAACAAAAAAGUGGAGAAAAGUGAAAAAAGAUCAUAAAUAUGGCUGCAAAAAGCAAAUCCAAAAGAGUUUUUGUUGCUGGGACAGGAUUGACCAAAUUUGAAAGGCCAAUGACAAAAGACUGGGAUUACCCAGACAUGGGUAAACAAGCUGGAUUGGCUGCUCUUAAAGAUGCUGGUCUGAAAUACAAUAAAAUCCAGUCUGUUGUAGCAAGUUAUUGUUAUGGGGAACCAACCUGUGGUCAGAGAGCUGUAUACCAGCUAGGACUUACUGGGGUACCAGUAUACAAUGUAAACAACAACUGUUCAUCAGGUUCUACUGCACUAAUGAUGGCCCGCAGACUGGUACAGAGUGGUGUUGAGGACUGUGUACUUGCUUUAGGAUUUGAGAAAAUGGAGAAGGGUUUAUCUGAAAGGUAUACAGACAAAGCGUCCCCUGUGGCAGUACACAUGAAUCACAUGGUUAAAAUAGGCGCCAAACCAGGACUUAUUCAGCCACGCAUGAACAACAUGACCUCUGAUGUCAUCAAAUUGUAUGCUUAUGCAGCCAGAGAAUAUAUGAAGAAAUUUCCUCACACAAAAUUGUCAGACUUUAUUGAAGUAGCAUAUAAGAACCACAAACAGAGUAUCAAUAAUCCAAAAGCAACAAUGUCAAAGGAAAUAUCAAGGGAGGACAUUGGUGGUAAAUUGAUGUUAUGUGAACCAAUUACAUUUUGGAUGUCAGCACCUGUGGCUGAUGGAGGUGCUGCGGCUAUUGUAUGCAGUGAAGAUUUCAUGUUAAAAAACAAUCUUCAAAACAGAGCAGUGGAGAUUGUUGCACAAAGUAUGGUAACAGAUCUACCAUCAACAUUUGAAAAAAGUUUUAUGGAUUUGUCUGGGUUUGGUAUGGCAAAGAAGGCAGCACAGCAGUGCUAUGAUGAAAGUGGAAUGACAUCCUCGGAUGUUGAUGUUUUGGAGGUUCAUGAUUGUUUCUCCUGUAAUGAGAUGUUUAUGUAUGAGGCGUUACAACUUACAGGAGAGGGAAGGGCCGCAGACUUGCUACAUUCUGGCAAGUGGCGAAAAAAUAGCAAAGGAGGAGAUCAGUUUGUACUUGGUGGACGAUGGGUCGUAAAUCCAUCUGGAGGACUUGAGUCUAAAGGGCACCCAAUAGGAGCUACAGGAUUAGCUCAGUGUGCAGAGCUGGUAUCACAGUUACGUGGAGAGAGUGAGAAGAGGCAGGUAGAUGGUGCGUGUGUCGCACUUCAGCAUAAUUUUGGAAUUGGUGGGGCAGCUGUUGUCACCAUGUAUAAAAAAUAUACACCAAGUGUUGCUCAAGCAAGGCUUUGAAAACGCUGAUAUUCCUUUUUGGAAGCAGACAUUUGUGAUAGCAUGAUUGUGAUGUACAAGUCAUACCAUGUGACUAUAAAGUACAUGUAUUAACCUUUAGCCUGCUGGUGGUAAUUGAAUCUACCCAUGUGACCAGUGCAGACCAAGAUUAGCUGGCACUUCCUUGCCUUCUGAUUAUGAUCUGCACUGUUCAAUAUUCAGUCAGUAUUUAUUUUGAAAAUUACCCUAAAAAUGUUGAGUGAUUUUAUUUAAAUUGAAAGAUGGACAAGUCUAUUUAAAAUAAUAUACAGGUUAAGGGUUAAAGAUAUUUUAUGUCAACCAUGACAUACGUAUUAAGCAGAUACAUUUUCAUGCAUACUGUAAAAUCAUAUACAUGUAUUAUUGAUUGGGCAAAAUUUAAUUUCAAAAUGACAUAUAUUGUUAAAUGAUGUUGUUCUUUUAUUACAUAAAUGUAUGUAUGUUAUAGAAUCAGUUUUCUAUUUAAUUUUAUCUGUAAACGUCUGCAAAUUUUCAGUUUUCUAUUUUACAUAAUGUAUCUAUUAAAAGUCUUUUUUUACUGUUUGUUUAUCUUUAGAAUUGGGCAUAAUACAAAUAAAGAUAUAAUAACCUAUUUGGCGGUAAUCAUUUAAAAUGGGUAAAGGUUGCCUAGUGGUAAAAGUGGUCUAGUUCACAACUCAGGGAUAUUGGGCUCAAGCCCUAUUCUGGUCACAAUUAUGUUUCUUUAUAUUAUACAAUCACUGGUUCCUAGCAAACACGUGGUUAAAAUCAGAUUUAAACUUGAUCAAGCUUAAAUAAAUAUGUUUCAGGUAUGACUAUCCUAAUGCAUUUCCUCUGCUAUGAAGAGUAUCUAAACAGGCUACAAAUGCAUUGAAACUGAGGGUUGUGGGUUCAAACCCCAUAGGGUCAACUCUUUUUUUUCUUUCUUAUUUUUCUUUUAAAAUUUUUUGUGUAUUAGUUGGAUCUCCUUUUGAUAGAAAAAGUGUUUAAUUUUGAUUAAAAGAAGAUCAACUAAUAUACAUCUGAGAAAAUUUGGGCAAUCUUUGAAAACAGUCCCUCAGUUGGGUAAAUUUUAGGUAUCUUUUACUUUUUUCUAAGCAGGAAAAUGUGUUUAAAAUGGGAGAGGUAGGGUAACAUUUUCCCACAUAUUUCAAAUGUUUUGAGAAGAAACAAUCAUUUUGCUUCAGUCAUUUCUUAGCUGAGUGUUAUCAUUAGGAAAACUCAUUUCAGAAGAAUGAUAUUCCAAAUCAUUUAGAGAUACCUAGUUUCUGAAAAAAGGCCUUCUUGUUUCCAAUCUGUAGUUCAGAAAAAAGUCCAUAACUCGUAAACUGUGUGGUAAAUUUCGUUAAAUAUUUUGCAUACAGGUGUCCUUUAAGGCAAUUUUUCAGUUCCUAAUAAUGCCCGUUAGGGUAGUCAUACCUUAAUUAAACCAUAACUGACUGCGUUUUAUUUUCAAUUAUUAGGUUGUACUAUCAAAUUAACUUCUAUGAUUUUAUUUAGAAUCAUCUGGCUGUUUAAUUCAUUCUUAAAACUAGUUUUAUUCCUUUGUAUUAUUUAUCAUGUUAAAGAAUGCUUUACACAUAGCAAUUAUUACCUCCACUUGUCACUAUUUUGGGGGUCACUCUCAAUAUAUCAUAUGCUGAGAAUAAGAUAAAAAUCUCUCUUACAUAAUAUUAUUUUGCUGCAUAUGUAUAAAAGAAUUUGAGAAUUCAUGUAAAACUUCUGUUUAUAUUGUUUUUUGCAUAUUUUGUCAGUUAUAUAGAUUAUUGACCCCAGAAUUGAAGGUAAAUAUAGUAAAAAUUUGGAACUGAUCAAAAUGUAUAUGGAAUGAAUUAUUUGUAAGCUAAAUUUAAUAGCUGUUCUGUUUACUCAGGGGAUAUUUCACUUAUAUAAUAGUAUGUUUCACUCAUGCUGUUGGGUGUUUCACGCUGGCUGUUGGGUGUUACACUCAUGCUUCAUGCUGUUGGGUGUUUCACUCAUGCUGUUGGAUGUUUCACUCAUACUGUUGGGUGUUUCACUCAUAUGGUUGUGUGUUUCACUCAGACUGUUCUGUGUUUCACAUAUGUUACUGGGUGUUUCAUUCAUGCUGUUGGGUGUUUCACUCAUGCUGUUUGAUGUUUCACUCAUACUGUUGUGUGUUUCACUCAUAUGGUUGGGGUGUUUCACUCAGACUUUCUGUGUUUCACAUAUGUUACUGGGUGUUUCACUCAUGCUGUUGGGUGUUUCAGUCAUACAGUUGGGUGUUUCAGUUGUAAAGUUGGGUGAUUCACUGAAGCUGUUGGGUGUUUCACUUGUGCUGUUGGGUGUUUCACUUGUGCUGUUAGGUGUUUCACUCAUACUGUUGGGUGUUUCACUCAUACUGUUGGGUGUUUCACUCAUGCUGUUGGGUGUUUUACACAUGCUACUGUGUGUUUCACUUGUGCUAUUGGGUGUUUCACUCAUACUGUUGGGUGUUUCACUCAUGCUGUUGGGUGUUUCACUCAAGCUGUUCAGUGUUUUACACAUGCAACUGUGUGUUUCACUUAAGCUGUUGGGUGUUUCAUACAUGCUCUAGGGUGUUUCUACUUUACUUUGAAAUGAAGUACAUGUUUAAGAUGUUCCUUAUUUAUAAAUUCAAACUAUUUCAGCCCUAAUACUUCUGGAUAACUUACCAGCAUUAAAGAAUUUAAAGUUCCUGGCUUGAUUCAUGGAGGGGAGGGGCACAGAGGGAGAAACAUAGGCACUCCUUAAAUAUACAUCAAUUAUAUGAUGGGCAACAUAUAACUGAAACAGUUGAAGUUUGUUUUUAGAUAAUUUAAUUUUAAAACAAGGAUAAAAUAGCCUUCGUUAUUUAACUGAUGCGUGUGUUUAAAGAUGUUCACUUAUACAAAAGUCAGUAACACUGGGCACAAAAUAUUUGUUAUUCAGAAUGACUUUAAUGAUAUUGAUUAUGUUUGUUUUACAUAAAAAUUUUGUCACUAAAGCAGCAUGCCUACAGAUUAUUUCAACCUUUGAUGAAAAUUAAGAAAGAGUUCUGAAAGGUUAAAAAUUUGUUAAUGUACAUGUAUAAAUACAGCAACUUGUGGAAGCUAAGACACCUAGCAUUCACAAAAAUUGCAUACAAUAUGUCAAGAUAUAGAGGAUAUUGAAUGAUUGUAGUUUAAUACUAAAUUUAUUGAACAAGUGGAAUAAAAUCAUAUUAUGCGAGCCUCUGGCGAGCUUAAUAUUGUUUUAUUCAACAAGUUCAAUAAAUUUAGUAUUGAAUCUACACGAUUUUAACAUUCUUUUUAUCACAUAUAUAAAAUAAAACAGUAAACUGUUAAAAUGAGUAAUUUUUCAAUGAUGGGCCUAUUGUGUAACGCUAACAUUAGUGAACUUUAAUGCUAUGUUUCUAGAUAGCGUAAAUGACGUCACAUCAAAGUGUUAUUACACUAGUGUAAUAUCGUUUUUAUUAAAUGGCUUUUUUGCACUCCUGCAUCGCAGUUUAUGUGAUAAACUAACAUAUAGCUUGUACGUUAUUAGAGGAGAAAUGGUAAAAAAAUAAAGUUAUUUCAGUGACAUCUUGAAAUAAAACAAGUUUAAUUUUCUUAAAUAAGCAUCUGGAGGCAUGCCACUUUAAAUGCAUAUUACAUAUUUAUUAAGUGGUGCAAAUAUUAUUUUAUAUCAAUAAACAUAUAUAAAAAAUAAA